ACGAAGAAGAAGAAGUGGAAACAAAAAUCUAAUGAAAGUGGGCAGGUUGAAGUGGAGAAUCUUUGUCCCCGGAAAAGUAGCGUUAAGAACGCGACAAGUUCGGUACUAACGACGCUAGAACACCUUCCAAUUAUCUCCUAAUCCGCUCCUCAUGAAAAUGACGGAGCCAGCCGACGACUACAAUUGAUCUGGAUUUACAAUACAAUCACGAAACGCUGCGCACCGUCAGGCCCCGCAAACUUAUAUUUUCAGUAUUCGGCUAUAAUCUUCCUAUUUCCUUACGUACCGCGGCGGUCGGAACGAUAUUUUCUUCCGCGAAGACCGCUUCCUUGGGCUAAUUCGCAUUACGACUUUCGCGACACGCAAAUUUUGCCGCUCCAACGCAGUAGUUCACUUUGGAAACUUCUUGCAGAAAUCAGACAAUUUGCCGCCCCUGACCAAACCGGGUAGAUUUCUGGGCGCGAAGGCACAGUGGCUGACAUCGGUGAUUUAACUGAUGUAAGUUGGAAAAUCGGUACAUGAGGCAUAUUGCGAUGCCUUCGGCAGUUAGCGGCGGACACGCGUCGCACACAACAAACAUCCCCAGCAAUGAAGAGUGCGGCAUCCGCGAUGUGUGGAAACACAAUUUAGAAGAGGAGUUUCGCACAAUUCGACAAGUCGUACAGAAAUAUCACUAUGUGGCUAUGGACACGGAGUUUCCGGGUGUCGUGGCGCGACCGGUGGGUGAAUUUCGCUCUACGGCCGACUACCAAUAUCAACUGUUGCGCUGCAAUGUCGAUCUGCUGCGAAUCAUUCAACUCGGACUAACGUUCAUGGAUGAGGAUGGCAAAACACCGCCGGGAUAUUCCACUUGGCAAUUCAAUUUCAAGUUUAGCUUGGCCGAAGACAUGUAUGCUCAAGAUUCAAUCGAUCUUCUAACCAAUUCCGGCAUACAAUUCAAAAAGCACGAAGAGGAUGGUAUCGAUCCACUUGAUUUUGCUGAACUUCUAAUGACAUCCGGCAUCGUUUUAAUGGAUAACAUCAAAUGGUUAUGCUUUCAUUCAGGCUACGACUUUGGUUAUUUAUUGAAAUUGCUCACGGAUCAAAAUCUACCACCGGAAGAAAGUGAAUUUUUCGAAUUGUUACGUUUAUAUUUUCCAACAAUCUACGACAUCAAAUAUUUGAUGAAAUCAUGUAAGAAUUUAAAAGGUGGAUUACAAGAGGUUGCCGAUCAAUUGGAAUUACGACGUGUCGGACCACAGCAUCAGGCUGGAUCUGAUUCGCUACUGACAGGGAUGGCAUUCUUUAAAAUGCGUGAGAUGUUUUUCGAGGACAACAUUGAUAAUGCUAAAUAUUGCGGUCACCUUUACGGACUAGGAACAUCAUUCAUAGUGAACGGAGCAAACUUUCAUGAUAACAACGGGGAUAACAACAAUUCAACGUCAUGAUUUCAUUUAAGUUUUAAAGAUGUUUUUAUACAAAACGCAUACGAAGCCGAUAAACACACAAAAUCACCAUCCUAACUGUAUUCGCAGCAAUAAUUUUGAUUUGAAACCAGGACAAGAAAAAUCGACCAGCUUAAAAACGAAGAGGAAAUAGCCGAACAUAAAACCACUGUCAUAAAAUAUAUGUACAUCUAUGCAAGGUUCUUGAUUCAAUUUUUGCAAAAUGUAUAACACAAAUACUGAGUGCGGAGCAGAAAGAAAAACACACAGAUAAUAGCCACGUUUCAACACACUAGCUAUCAGUUUAAGUAGAAAAUUCAGAAAUAGAUACAGUUCAAAACAUGUGAAAAGUAAAAACAAAUAGCAAUGGUGUCAUCAACAAUAUAUUACCUACGUAUACAAUAAGAAGCCACAAAGAAAAAAGGAAAAAGUAAAACACAGUUCAGUAAAACAAAUCAUUAAACAAUUUUAUUUUAUAAAAAUGUCAGAAAAAAAUGUGAAAAAUAUACAUAUAAAAUGGUAA